AAGGGAAUUCGGUGGAAGUUAGAGACAAGCUAAAGGAUGGAGGUGCAGUUAGGGCUGGGAAGGGUCUACCCACGGCCCUCGUCCAAGACCUAUCGAGGAGCGUUCCAGAAUCUGUUCCAGAGCGUGCGCGAAGCGAUCCAGAACCCGGGCUCCAGGCACCCUGAGGCCGCUAGCAUAGCACCUCCCGGUGCCUGUUUACAGCAGCGGCAGGAGAAGCCCCGGCGGCGGCGGCAGCAGCAGCACACUGAGGAUGGCUCUCCUCAAGCCCACAUCAGAGGCACCACAGGCUACCUGGCCCUGGAGGAGGAACAGCAGCCUUCACAGCAGCAGUCAGCCUCCGAGGGCCACCCUGAGAGCGGCUGCCUCCCGGAGCCUGGAGCUGCCACGGCUCCUGGCAAGGGGCUGCCGCAGCAGCCACCAGCUCCUCCAGAUCAGGAUGACUCAGCUGCCCCAUCCACGUUGUCCCUACUGGGCCCCACUUUCCCAGGCUUAAGCAGCUGCUCCGCAGACAUUAAAGACAUCCUGAGCGAGGCCGGCACCAUGCAACUUCUUCAGCAGCAGCAGCAACAGCAGCAGCAGCAGCAACAGCAGCAGCAGCAACAGCAGCAGCAGGAGGUAAUAUCCGAAGGCAGCAGCAGCGUGAGAGCAAGGGAGGCCACUGGGGCUCCCUCUUCCUCCAAGGAUAGUUACCUAGGGGGCAAUUCGACCAUAUCUGACAGUGCCAAGGAGUUGUGUAAAGCAGUGUCUGUGUCCAUGGGGUUGGGUGUGGAAGCACUGGAACAUCUGAGUCCAGGGGAGCAGCUUCGGGGCGACUGCAUGUACGCGUCGCUCCUGGGAGGUCCACCCGCUGUGCGUCCCACUCCUUGUGCGCCUCUGGUCGAAUGCAAAGGUCUUUCCCUGGACGAAGGCCCGGGCAAAGGCACUGAAGAGACUGCUGAGUAUUCCUCUUUCAAGGGAGGUUACGCCAAAGGGUUGGAAGGUGAGAGUCUGGGCUGCCCUGGCAGCACUGAAGCAGGUAGCUCUGGGACACUUGAGAUCCCGUCCUCUCUGUCUCUGUAUAAGUCUGGAGCAGUAGACGAGGCAGCAGCAUACCAGAAUCGCGACUACUACAACUUUCCGCUCGCUCUGUCCGGGCCGCCGCACCCCCAGCCCCCUACCCAUCCACACGCCCGCAUCAAGCUGGAGAACCCGUUGGACUACGGCAGCGCCUGGGCUGCGGCGGCAGCGCAAUGCCGCUAUGGGGACUUGGCUAGCCUACAUGGAGGGAGUGUAGCCGGACCCAGCACUGGAUCGCCCCCAGCCACCGCCUCUUCUUCCUGGCAUACUCUCUUCACAGCUGAAGAAGGCCAAUUAUAUGGGCCAGGAGGCGGGGGCGGCAGCAGUAGCCCCAGCGAUGCUGGGCCUGUAGCCCCCUAUGGCUACACUCGGCCCCCUCAGGGGCUGGCAAGCCAGGAGGCUGACUUCUCUGCCUCUGAAGUGUGGUAUCCUGGUGGAGUUGUGAACAGAGUCCCCUAUCCCAGUCCCAGUUGUGUUAAAAGUGAAAUGGGACCUUGGAUGGAGAACUACUCCGGACCUUAUGGGGACAUGCGUUUGGACAGUACCAGGGACCACGUUUUACCCAUCGACUAUUACUUCCCACCCCAGAAGACCUGCCUGAUCUGUGGAGAUGAAGCUUCUGGCUGUCACUACGGAGCUCUCACUUGUGGCAGCUGCAAGGUCUUCUUCAAAAGAGCUGCGGAAGGGAAACAGAAGUAUCUAUGCGCCAGCAGAAAUGAUUGCACCAUUGAUAAAUUUCGGAGGAAAAAUUGUCCAUCGUGUCGUCUCCGGAAAUGUUACGAAGCAGGGAUGACUCUGGGAGCUCGUAAGCUGAAGAAACUUGGAAAUCUCAAACUCCAGGAAGAAGGAGAAAACUCCAAUGCUAGUAGCCCCACUGAGGACCCAUCCCAGAAGAUGACUGUAUCACACAUUGAAGGCUAUGAAUGUCAACCUAUCUUUCUUAAUGUGCUGGAAGCCAUUGAGCCAGGAGUGGUGUGUGCCGGACAUGACAACAACCAGCCUGAUUCCUUUGCUGCCUUGUUAUCUAGUCUCAACGAGCUUGGCGAGAGACAGCUUGUACAUGUGGUCAAGUGGGCCAAGGCCUUGCCUGGCUUCCGCAACUUGCAUGUGGAUGACCAGAUGGCAGUCAUUCAGUAUUCCUGGAUGGGACUGAUGGUAUUUGCCAUGGGUUGGCGGUCCUUCACUAAUGUCAACUCUAGGAUGCUCUACUUUGCACCUGACCUGGUUUUCAAUGAGUAUCGCAUGCACAAGUCUCGAAUGUACAGCCAGUGCGUGAGGAUGAGGCACCUUUCUCAAGAGUUUGGAUGGCUCCAGAUAACCCCCCAGGAAUUCCUGUGCAUGAAAGCACUGCUACUCUUCAGCAUUAUUCCAGUGGAUGGGCUGAAAAAUCAAAAAUUCUUUGAUGAACUUCGAAUGAACUACAUCAAGGAACUUGAUCGCAUCAUUGCAUGCAAAAGAAAAAAUCCCACAUCCUGCUCAAGGCGCUUCUACCAGCUCACCAAGCUCCUGGAUUCUAUGCAGCCUAUUGCAAGAGAGCUGCAUCAGUUCACUUUUGACCUGCUAAUCAAGUCCCAUAUGGUGAGCGUGGACUUUCCUGAAAUGAUGGCAGAGAUCAUCUCUGUGCAAGUGCCCAAGAUCCUUUCUGGGAAAGUCAAGCCCAUCUAUUUCCACACACAGUGAAGAUUUGGAAACCCUAAUACCCAAACCCACCUUGUUCCCUUUUCAGAUGUCUUCUGCCUGUUAUAUAACUCUGCACUACUUCUCUGCAGUGCCUUGGGGGAAAUUCCUCUACUGAUGUACAGUCUGUCAUGAACAUGUUCCCCAGUUCUAUUUCCUGGGCUCUUCCUUCUUUCUUUUGCUUCUUCUCUCCCUCUUUUACCCUCCC